GUUCAAGUUUGCGCGCUCGCCCCUCUGUCGGCCACCACCACCCCCGACAUCUCUAGUUCGGUUGUUAGCGACUCACGUAGACCCUGCCGCAUGGUCUACGAUGGCCACAGAGGAUACCACGCCGUCCUUUGCACCGUCAAGCCCGCCCGCGCCCGCGCCGGACAACGACGCCAGCAACGCAUCGAGCCCCCUUAGCGAGCCCGAAGACAAGGAUACUUAUGGCGACGAGGCGGAUCUAGACAUGCGUGAUCUCGGCGACGGCAACAACACUCCAGGUCGGAACGGAGCCCAGGGAGAACCUGGCUCUGACCCUGCCUCCCAGUCAGACGACGACAGCAAGCUGUCCGAAGUGGACGUCAAUGACUCGGAAGCGGAGACAGAGAGACUCUAUGAUACCCCUCCAAAGAAUGGCGCGACACGCGACGCGGCGGGCGCGGUUGGUGAGGGGAACCGGAGAUUCACCGACCGCCGAGACCGGGUCUUUGAACGAAGCCCGAGCAAGCUUCAUCAGCAGUUACGUGCCGGCGUUGAUGCUGACGAAGCGGUUGGCGGUCGCAACUCAGCUUCGGAACCAGAGGAUGGUGAGGAUGACGACGUGUCAGUUCCCUCCAGCGAAGCCGAGCUCGAUUCCGCCAAGCAGCCACGGCUCCGAGCGGCCGCUCUGGGCAAAAAGAGCCAAGCGGCACCCUCCAACAAUGCACCCACCUCUCACCCUAGGAAGACCUCGGCCGACUCUCGGAAGCGAAAGCGUUCAUCGGUAGCCGAACAGUCCGACUCUGAGCAGCCGCUUAAGAAGCGGACUGGGUUGGUCAGCGGCGCUGACCGCGAAUCUGCCGACGAUGUUGCCAUGGCUGACGAUGACGCGAUCUCGACAAAUCCACAAAGCAGUAACCACACUGCAGAGGAGGAGGACGAGGAGCCCGAAGCUACAACAGAACCUAAAGAGGAACUUCCCGACGCCGCUGAGGAAGACGUGGCGGUGUCGUCCGGGUCCCGGAAAGGGAGGCGCAGUCCCGCGAAGAAACGGAAGAGCAAGAGCCCGGAGGAAAGAAACGCAAAAGAGGAAGCGCCAGAGGAACCUCCAGAAGAUGCCGAGACACAAAGUCUUGAGGUUCCGACGCCUCAGGCCGAGGACGAUCAUGUCGACGAAGUUGAUGAAGAGGCGGAGGCCGCACAUCGGAACGAGGAAGAGCUGGAGCGCAAAAAAGCGGCCUGGGAGGAGCUGAUAUCCAUCGAGAAGCAGUUCAGCAGCUUCCGAGAGCGCCUCUACCGGGAACGUCUAGAGCAGCUCAACCGAGAAGAAGCGAUGCUCACGGGCGACAACCCCACGCAUCCCGAGUACCUCGCAAUGCUACAAUGCUUGCAAGAACGGCGGGACGAGAAGAUCAGGAGGAGCACGCUCGAGUUACAGUUCAAGCUAUCGGUGCUCCGGCGCCGAGCAGUUGCGGAACGUGCCCAGAUCAUGUCGCAGUUCUACCAAGCUGUGCGGGAGUCGAGAGACGAGACGGUGGCAGAGCUGGGCCGAGAGUGGUAUCAAAUCCAGCAGGAACGGCGGCGGGCAGCGAACACGAUACCGGAUUAUGGGCUUCGGUUUCCCGCUACGCGGGCGCAGGCCAUCCGAGAUGCCGUCUCAUACAACAAGGAGGUCUCGGUCCUCUCCGGGUUCGCUAAGCACGUCGGUUUCCCAGCGGCGCCGUCGAUCAAUGGUGCUACCGAGGAACAAGUGGAGGCCGACCUGGAGGCGAUCCAGAGUGCUCGCGAGGCACUGCCGAGACACAACUCGAACCAAGUGCCCGGCUACCGCCCAGAAUACCCAGGGGGGAUUUCGCCGUUUGUACAGGGACUUGGAGCUGCCGGCGAACAGUUUAUUGAACAGACGCCGUGGGCAAACCCAAACCACCCAGCCCAUCGCAUGCAGCAGCAGCAUCAUCAUCAUCACCAUCAUCAUCACCCACCGCACCGCGACAUCAACGUCCAGCCCACGUACGCCGGUCCGUCGUCAGCUCCGAAGAGGCAAUCCAACCAGCCUGGAGCCAUGUACUCCUCAAGCACAUCUACUAUCCUUAAUGGCGACUCUCCGGCCCAAGUACAAAAGACGCAUUCACCGGCAAUGCCGGAGUCCUCACUUAAGGGGAAGAUGGGCCCCGAGCCGCUAAGGCGAGAGCCCGCCAUCCACGCUUCCUGAUCUUGCUCUCUUUUUCGACCUACCGGUUCUCAUGUCGUACGU